UUCUUCAACCUUUUCUUCUUACGUGCAUUUUUGACAAGAAAUGCAUAAAUAUYUYGUUUUUCCUGUUCUUAUCGAUGCAUUUUCAUAUGAAUGUAAUGAGAGGCUGCAGCUUCUGCUGAUUGGUUGGUUUGGAUCAACCAAUCAGUUCGGGUCUCUGCGUGGCUUCAGAUGGUCAGUGAGCUGAAAGCAGCUUUCMGUUUUAUAACUCGUUUUAUUAUUUUCAUGGACGCUCAGACCCAUUAGCGGCUCUCARGGACUCRGGUUCUCCGUCUGGUUCUUGGUCAAGCAGCUGCUGAAKGUGGCUGACCUGGAGUCCAGACCAGCUGGUUCUGAAGGUCCAGAACCUGCUGGAAACAUGAACCAGGCAGCAGAGUUUGAGCCUCGCUCCAGGAAUUAUCCGGUCCCACAGCCUCUCCGUUCGGAUCCAUUUCUCCUCCUCAACAUGGUGAUGAUCUGCAGCUCUGGAUCCUGACCAGSAGAUAAAGUUCAGUUCGUUCRGGAAGUUCAUGAUUUGAAUUUAAAUUUAAUCCAAAACGAACAUUAAACAUAUUUCAGAUUCUUUAUUGUACAUUUUUCAGUAAGCAAUUUAUGAAUAAACUUAUAUUAUUUAAAGAUGGAUCUAAAGACCCAGGAUCUAUGGAGAGAGGAGAGUUUUAAUAAAUUAUUGACACAUUUAAAUCAUUAUUUUAUUGUCAUUUGGCACUAUUSACUCUCCAUAAAACUCCGGGCUGGAGAAACAGUUCAGCAUCAAGCCAGUUUAGUUAUUGGGAUAAAAACUGUAUCAGGGAUGUAGUUUUAAUACAUAUUCACAGUUUCUCUAAAUUAUUUUAAAACCGCACUAGAUAAACUGGCAUGAGAUAAAUUUACAUUUUCAAAGCUUAACAUGAUUUUCUUCAACCCUAGAUUAUAAAAUAUUAAAUGUUACUUUCUCUAAAUUAUUCUAAAACUACAUUGUGCUGYGGAUGAAACAUAUGGYUGUCUKAAAAUCRGUUUUAUUUAUAGGUGKAUWUUUGGGUUGUUUGUUUUGCAGUUGACCGGAUCAGCGCCGCAGCAGAACCCGGGCAGGGCGCCUCUCUGCCGGGCAGAGCAGCAGCCGGCAGGCCGGUGUCACCGGUCACCGUUUGGACCAGACCAGAACCGAGCUGGAGUCUGUUGAGACGAAGCGUUUCUGCCCACUGCUCGUGUCUCUUCAACCAGAAUUAAAAAUCUCACCGGAUUAAAAAAACCUCACAGAAAACCGACUAACUGUCGUAGCUCAUAUCUUUACACCAGGAGGCUUUUUCUCCGCCUGAGCCACGGAUGUGACGCCACGCGCACGGCGCGACGUCACAUCCGCAAGAGCGAAAUGCGACUUCCUUGUUUCCGUUUAGAGGAGCCAUGACUGCUAGGAAAGAGAAAGUGGUAUUUCAGAAGCAGACGAAGCAGUACCAUGAGCACUGCUGCGUCCCUCAGUGCACAGCCUCCUCCAAAUAUAACGGCCUGUUAAGUUUUCACGGAUUUCCAAGGGACCUUGAGCUGAGAAGGCAGUGGCUCGUAAGUAUUCGGCGGGACAAGUUGAAGCUAACGCUGCACAGCAAAGUGUGCAGCCUUCACUUCACUCCGGAUCAGCUGCUUCAGCCUAAAGCUGCCGGGGGCAGACGGAUGGUGAACAGAGGAGCCGUCCCUGUGCUGUUUCCCUGGAGCCACCAGAGCGUCGCGCCCCCCACGGCCGGUCCGGGGGAGCCGCAGAGGAGGCCCGACCCAGCUGACCCGGCCGUGGGAUUCAGCCUCCUGGAUCAUGAUUACUGCUCUGUCCCGGAACCGGCCGACCUGGACACGGCAGUAAAUGAAAACGAGACGUUAAAAGAGGAAAUGAACGCCUUAAAGGAACCGAAAAUCCCAUCCAGUUUUGGAUUACAAAGGUUCGCAGGGUCCGAUGACGACAUCCGGUUCUACACCAGGUUUGAGAGUUAUCGUCUCUUCCUGAUGUUUUGGAGGCUCGUUGAACCGUCUGUCCAUAAAAUGAUUCGUUCAUCAGGAGCCGCUGAGGGAAGCAGCGAAGUCAGAUCAACACACACGAGGGAUUCCUUGCAGCCCAUCGACGAGCUGCUCCUGUUCCUGAUGUACCUGGCUGCAGGUCUGCAGGAAGGAGACCUAGCAAACCGGUUCCAGAUUCAACCUUCCACUGCAAGCCGCAUUAUUUGUUCGUGGGCCGAUUAUUUGUACUCUCUCCUGGGUUCUUUGUGCAUCUGGAUCGAUGCAGACGCCGUCCGAGCUCAGCUCCCGGAGGACUUCAGAGAUUUUCCAGAUACUCGGGUGAUAGUUGGAUGCUCUGAGCUCAGAUGCCAAACUCCUGCUUCUGCUCUCCUCCACACUGAGAUGUCCUCCAAAUCCAAGACUCAGUGCGUAAUGAGAGGUCUGAUGGGAGUGGCUCCCCACGGUGCCGUGACCUUUGUGUCUUCACUCUAUGAGGGGUCAGUCAGUGACACGGAGCUGUUUAUGAGGUCGGGCUUGGCUGACCGUCUUACUGAAGACAUGGCCGUCAUGGUGGGAAAAGGAUUCCUGACCUCUGACCUCGUGAAGUGUAAGGUGUACCGUCCACCUUUUCUCGGCACAAAACCACAGAUGGCGUCUCAAAACGUCCUGCAGGCACAGAAAGUCGCCCGUCUGCGCGUUCGCGUUGAGCGGGCGACCCGGAGAGUUAAAGAAAACAAACUGUUUGAUUCUGUUAUCCCUUUAUCUGUGGUCGGAAACAUUAAUAAACUGUUUACAGUGGCCUGCCUGCUAGUCAACUACCAAAACAAACCGCUCUAAAGAAAGGGAGCGGCUGUGCAGUUCUCAGCAGAGGAGAGCGUUUCCCAUCCUCAGGUGGUUCAGGAGUUCCCACGUCAGAAAAGGCCUGUUAACUGAAACCAGCUGAAGAAGAGGAGCAGCCAGGAAACGCCCUCAGGAUGCAGGACAGUGACCCAAGUGAUCAUUCAUGAACAUGUUGGCAAAGUUUAAUUUGUAUAAUUUGCCUUUUUCCUGUACUUGUUGAGUAUCUUUCUCAGACUGAUGUAAAACCACAGCAGCAUUUUUCUCAUGUACUGACUGGUCGCUGUCACAUUUCAUGAAUAAACGUGAAGGCAACAAUACAU